AGAGAGAGAGAGAGGCGCAGUAAUAAGCGUUUUCCUCUCUCCUCCCUAAAGCAUCUCGGCGUGGGGGGGAUUUGGGAGAGUGAGUGGGGAACUCAAACGCAAAGUUGACGAACUUUGCACAUCUUUUACGAACGCCAUUUUGAUUCCUCUCCGGAACAACUUUUGCAGCUUCUUUUUUUUCUUCUUCUCUCUCUCCUCAGCUCAUCACCACCAUCAUCAUCAUCAUCAUCAUCAUGUCUCGGCGAAAGCAACCCAACCCCAACAAAGUCAAACUGUGAGCAGUGGUUGCUGACACACGAGGUGCACUGCGGUCCCUCUUCAACACCCGAACGCCAGCUGAAUAAUACAACCUCGUCUGAGGGCGGUUAUGGAAAAUUCAAAGGAGGAGACGAGAACAGAAUCCGCUAUUUGCACCCAAACUGCAGAAAAGGUGGAGCAAAGCGAUGAUGUCCAGAGCCCCGCCCCCACAGAAACACACACAGAGGGUUCUGCCAGUGUAGAGGAGGAAGGAAAUGAAUGGGAGAAUGGACAGAAUAGAGCAGAUGGAGAGAUGCAUGUAGCCGAUGGAGUGGACUUGUCUUCCAUUAACUCCAUGAUGAGCACUGUGAUGAAAGCAGCUCAACUUAACGACGUAGUAGACUCCGCCCACACCACGCCCAAUAAGGUGCCAGUCAAAAGCCCCAGCACCAACCGCAGUGGAAGAAAGAUCCAGGAAGCCAAAGAUGACAGCGGGGUACUUGUCUGUCCGCUGUGUGAUAAAGGCUUUCAGACCCAACACCAGCUCACCAUGCACAUCCGCCAGCACAACACCGAUAGUGGGAAUGCGGACCACUCUUGCAGUAUCUGCGGGAAGUCUCUGAGCUCGGCUAGCUCUCUGGAUCGUCACAUGCUAGUGCACAGUGGAGAGAGACCCUACAAAUGUAGUGUGUGCCAUCAGACUUUCACUACCAAUGGCAACAUGCACAGACACAUGAAGAUCCACGAGAAGGACUCUGCCAGCUCCAUCCCCAACAGUCCGACUCUGUCUCCACCUAAGCGGCGACGUCCCUCUGCAGCCAAACGCAAACUAAACCCAGAUGAAGACCGAGAGAAGACAGAGGAGCCAUCCAGCAAAAAGGUCCUGGAGGAUAGUGGGGCAGAUGAGCAGAGUUUGAACAAAGGACAGGAGGAAGUCUUGGCCUGUCCUAUCUGCUUCAAGAACCUCACAUGCAGAAACGACUUUGACACCCACAUGGAGACCCAUCCCGACACUACACUGAGAUGUGAUUCAUGCUGCAUUUCAUUCCGGACACACCGAAGUUUGCUCCGCCACAAUGCAGCUACCCAUAAGCAGAUACCCACAGACCCCAAUGGACGACCCUUUAUACAGAAUAACCCAUCCAUCCCUCUUGGCUUUAAUGAUCUGGCUUUCAUUGACUUUACAUGCCAGAAGUUCCCUCGUAUUGCCCAGAUUUGGUGUGAAACAAACCUCCGCCGAUGUACUGGCAAAUUCCAUCGUUUUGUAUGUGACACAUGUGAUAAGGCAUUCCCUCUUAGCUCAGCUCUGGACUUGCACAAAGCCUCACAUGAGACUUCAAGUGGCACCCAAGAGACCACUUCACCCUUAAUUAUGAAAGAUGAGCUUCCCACUCCUGAGAAAAAUAGCUUCAUGGACUCCCUGGGCUUGCAGCACAUCUCUCAGAUCAAGCCUGCCCCCUCAGAAGAGGAUAUCCAGCAGGCCAAGCUAGAUAGCAUCCGGGUUAUCCAUGUAGAUCCGAAUCAGUCCACCGUACCUCAAGAGGCUGGCCUUGUUGGUGGGGUUAACCUGUCUCUUGUAGACCCAGCGUCUCUUCACGGACUGUCCCAUCAAGAAGCUCUCAAACUGCUGUCCCUUCAGCCUUUCCAGACAGGUUUUCUGGUGCAGCCAGAUGGUGGUAUGGUGUUGAAGCCUGUUUGUGGUGAAUCCGGCAUGGAGCUCGCUGAUAUACAGCAAAUACUCAAAGUAGCUUCAGCUGCUCCUAACCAAAUCUCGCUCCCACCCUUAUCCAAGGCACCCUGUAGUGCUGUGCAGUCGGGCUACAAGCAGAUGCCUCCUCUCAAGCCAAAGCCAUUGGUGGCUCCCAGAACCAGUAUGGUAGCUUCAACUCCACCACCUCUAUUAAACACCCAGCAAGCUUCACUGGGCUGCAUCAGCCCUAGCCUCCCACCCCCUGCCAGCCAUCCUCUCAAGACAGCAAGGGAUCUCUCCUCAUCUUCCUCUCCCUCUUCUGCCAACAACCAGGCUUCUGCAGAGAGGAUACAAAUGGAGGCAGACUGCAUGGGAGAUGCCCAUACCCCAAUGGACAUGGAUGAAAGACAUAUCAAGCAGGAGAAUGGCAAGUUAGAUGAGACCACUGUAAAGAAGGGAGGAACUCAAAAAGGCUCAUACCCCUGCCGAUUUUGUGACCAGGUCUUUGCGUUCUCUGGUGUGCUGCAGGCACACAUGCGAUAUCAUUUGGGCAUCCUACCCCACCAAUGCAAUAUCUGCGACUAUGUUGCUCCAGACAAGGCUACAUUGAUCCGUCAUUUGAGAACGCACAGUGGUGAGCGGCCCUAUGUCUGCCGGCUCUGUCAUUACCCAUUUACUGUCAAGGCUAACUGUGAGCGCCAUCUUCGCAAAAAGCACAUGAAAAACAAUCGCAGGGAGAUUGAGAAAAACAUCAAGUAUGUUACCUCGUCCACGUCCACAGCAGAUGUGCUGGAGCAGGCUGGGACUAGUGAAACCACAUGCCGCUUCUGUGGGGAGGACCUAAAGACCUUCCGGGCCCUGCAGAUUCACUUGCGAACACACAACGGCUGCCAGCGAAAGCCAUUUGAGUGCAAGCGUUGUGGAGCAGCCUUCCUUGCCAAGCGUAACUGUAUCCAUCACCUUCUCAAACAACAUCCAGAGGUCCAAGAGCAGGAUAUUGAAGAGCACAUAAUCACUCUUCUAGCUGCCUCAACCCAAAAUAGCCCAAACCCAUCUCCUCUCAAUGGGGUUUCUCCUAGCACUGUGAUGCAGCCUAUCAAGGUUGAAGACCUCAACUUCUACGGCGUGGAUAUGGAUCAACCUCUGGACUUCUCUAACAAAAGUCGUGGGGGAAGCAGUGUUGGAAGUGUGAGUGGAUCACCCGGGAUCAAAAUUGAGCCUGUCUCCUAUGACUCUUCCAUGGAACCCAUUGACCUCUCAAUUCCUAAGAAUCCUCUGAAAAAGCUUAAACAAGACAUUGAGGCUGUAUUGCCAAGAGAGAUUAAGAAAGAACAUUCAACCAUUAGCAUCCUUGCUCAGGCUCUUCAGACUGAUAAGUCCAUUGAUGAGAAGCCCCAACCGCUUGGAUGCUACCAGGUCCCCGUAGCCUUGACCUCUCUUACUGGUAGCACUAAUUCUGCAGGAAGACCCUUGCGUCUAAAGCCCCUGCUUCCUAAACCUUCUUCUGCUGCUGAGAAGGAGCUUCCACCACUGGCAUCCAUUGCUCAGAUCAUUUCCUCUGUUUCUGGUGCCCCUGACCUUCUAAAACGGGACAACACUAAUAGCCUUCAGGCUGAUUCUGAUACACAUGGCAAGCAAGAGUCAACAGAUACCUUGAUAGAGGAGCUCUCUGUAGAGAGCUCCAAGAAGAGGUCCAGGAAAAGGGCUUCCAGAAGCAUAGCGAAAGAGAAAACUGUUAUAAAUGCCACAGACCCAAGUAUUGAUUUGGAGUCUAGUGGGGAGUUUGCAAGUGUUGAGAGAAUGUUGGCGAACACUGAUGCCAACAAGUUCAGUGCCUAUCUUCAGACCAACACAAUUGAGUUGGCAAGAAAAGACGGGCAGCAGCCAGGUGCUAGUGACGAGAAAGAGGUGAAAGAUGAGAAACACUUGCCAGUCCGGCAGACUAUUCAACCCCAUCAGUCCAAAGGGAAGAAGAAUGCAUACUCAAAUUCUGUGCAAAAGAUGACUUGUCCUUUUUGCCCCAGAGUUUUCCCUUGGGCCAGUUCGCUUCAGCGCCACAUGUUAACACACACAGGUCAGAAGCCAUAUCCUUGUCCCCAAUGUGAUGCCUUCUUCUCGACCAAGUCCAACUGUGAGCGACAUCUUUUACGCAAGCAUGGCGUUUCCAACCGAGUGCUUAGGCGCAAUGGUGGAAUACCCAAGUCUAAAGACGCAGAGGAAGGUUCACAAGAGAGUGCAGAGAGCACAUCUGAAACAGACCUUCCUGUGAGUGAGGCAAUGGAUCUCACAAGAUCAGACCCUGAGAAGCCUGAAGCAAUGGAUGCUGAAAAACCCUCACCAGCUAAGCCGACAGAAGCAGCUGUUGUAGAGCCUAUUCCUCACAAAGAGGAGGAGGACCCAACAGCUCUCGAGUCAUUGAAGCACAGUGACUCAGAAAAUGAGGAUGGUGAUUCCCAUAGCAAUAAGACCCUUGACUUGACGUUUGUCUCUAAGCCAAAGGACUUCAAGAUCACUGAGAAAGACCAGCCACAGUCCUCCCCUGCAGCAGAUGGUGACAUGUCUGAUAAAACACCUCAAGAUGAGUCCAAAUUCACCUGCAAAAGUUGCAAGAAGAGUUUCCGCUACGCUGCCACCCUGACCAGACAUGAGAAAGUUCACCAGCAGGAUGAAGCAUCAGACUCGACUAAUGGACCUGCACAAAACCUUACAAAAUCGGCUGAUCCAAUUGUGCCUUGUGAAAAUAAGAAAGAGGUUACAGACGAAGAGGUGGAGAGCUUAAAGAAGGGCACAUCUGAGAACGAGGGAACGGGCAGUGUGGUGGAGAGUGGAUCGGAGGAAGAUAAGGAGGAGAGGAGUGAUGAAGAGGAAGCUGCAACUGAACCAAAGAGUGCCGAGCGAGAAAGUAGAGAACUUGGCAGCAAGCCAGACAAGAGGAAAAAGGUGUGCAAUAUAUGCAACAAACGUUUCUGGAGCCUUCAGGAUCUCACCAGACACAUGCGCUCUCACACAGGUGAGAGGCCUUACAAGUGUCAGACAUGUGAGCGCACCUUCACCCUCAAGCACAGUUUAGUCCGACAUCAGCGUAUCCACCAGAAACUACGUGGAGUGGAUAGUGAUGGUUCGACUUGUGGGGCCGCAGGUGGACCCGACGAGGAGGGCUUCAGUGGGCGUUCGGCUAGCGAAGGCGAGUGCACACCCACCAGCACCAAUCCACCCUCUGAGAAUGAAAGUGAAAUAACAGACACUGUUAAGGGGGAACCAACCUCAAUGGAUAAAGAGGACUGUGUACCCGCUGUGGAAACUGAAGAGUUUAAACUAACUUCCGAGACGGGACCAGAAACACCCAAAGAACCUUCAGCAGAGGAACAAGCAUCAGAUUCAUCCAACACAUCUGACGUAGAGCCGUCGGAGGGAUUCAUCCAAGGUUUACUGGAGAUCCACACCAAUCCCACUACUGAGCACAUUUUGCCCACCUCCGAACCGCCACGGCUUGGGGUGAAGUGAAGAGCGACUCUUUCUUGGUUUAUCUUUACGUUGUGAAACAUUGUGCUGCAACAAGAAGCAGUGCCAUAUAUAACAAAAGUACAUUGCAGUGAAAAAAGCGAUGACUGUUUCCAAGUGCCUUUCUACUUUUUUUGCUAUAUCUUUAUCAGCAUUUAUCAUGAUCUAAAGUUGAUUUUUA